CACCGAGCUGCAAUCGGCCCUGCCCAGCCGUCAAUCACAGUCUUAUCCUGCGAGGGUUUUCAGCACCGGCGCGGCAUGGAAACCACCCCCCCGGACGAGGGCGAGAGCCUGAGCUCGCUGGACGCCCAGCUCGGCCAGCUCUCGGCCACCUGGGACCCCAUCGCCGCGCCCCCCGCCCAAAAUACCACAAGAAGGGGCAAGUGGACGGCCCCCGAGUGCGACUACGCCGCGGUGGUGAUAGAGCACUUCGCGAACGGGCGGCUGCCGGGGUUAAGUGGCGGCGAGUCAUUGAGAGCCACCCUCGCCGAGUUGUUGGGCUGCGCGCCGAUGCGCAUCACCAAAAAGCUCUCGUCGACGCGCGCGCACGGCAAGCAGUGCUUCAAGAAGCGGGGCGAGCUGUCGGCGCGCGAGCGCGUUGCUUUGGAGAGCGCGCGCGCGGCGUUCCUGCGAUCGCUAGAUGCGGGCUUCGUGCACGGGCCCCUCGGGCCCUCCGUAAAAAAACCGCGGGGGCUCGCGCCCGACGACCCGUGGCUCGAAAGCCUCCAGGGCUCGUCGUGGGUCGACGAAGACCUCGAUAAAAGAGAUAGAAGCUGGCUGGACCUGGGGUCUGCAAAUCAGGCGCCGCUCGAACCCUCCGUCACCCUCAAGGCGUCGGGCCGCGGCACGAACCUUUGUAGGGUUGUGGCUUUAGAUCGGCCGGGUUUGUUGGGCGACAUCAGCGACGUCUUCAACCGGCGCGGUUUAAACGUAGUGAAAUGUCGGGCCGAGUCUUUUGGGAAUGGCGUGUGUCGCGACGAGUUCGAGUUGGUCGCGGUCGCCACCAACCGAGCAUUGGAAGAUACGGACGCGCUCCAGCAGGCGGUCUAUGAUUGCGUGACCGAGGAGCUCGAGCCGUGCACGACUUUGAGAGUGGCGGCCCCCGAUAGACCGGGCCUGCUCAAGGACAUCGCCGCGAGCUUCGAGAACCUCAAACUUUCUGUUGUUGGCGCGCGCGUGGCCAUGGUCCAGGACGACGACGCCGUCACGGCCGAGACGCGCUUUGAAGUCGUCGACCGGGACGACGCCCAGCCCAUCGUGGACCCGGACCGGCUCGCGUCUAUAGAGAAUACGCUCGCGCGCGACUUGGAUGGUGCCGCGGCGGCGGGCGCGCCGGCGCCUUAUGCCCCGGACGUGCUGCCGCCGGCGCCCUGGCUCGACGCGCGGCCCCUCGCGCGGCGGCCUGCAUUAUUAUCGACGGCGGGGUCCGUGGAGACGGCGGCCGUCGCGCGCGCGGGCGCGUUCCGCGCGAAUUUAUUGAGACCGCAGCCCGCGCCGGGGCCGGCGCCGGAGCCGCGGCUCGAACCGCUGCUCGACCCGCCGCCGCCCGCGCGCUUCGGCGACUUCGCGCCGCCCGCGCCCGCGCCGCCGGAGCCCGCCGACGUGGACUUCUCGACGGUGUUCAACGAGGACGGGUAG